UCACAAAUGAAUGGGAAACAAAUAGAUAUCGAUGAGCGCUAUGAGAAUCCAGCUCCCUAUACUGAAGAGGUACUAGUUAUAUUUAGUUCCGACAAUGUUGCGAAGUACUUUGUUCUGGCUGAUUUAAUCGAUGUUUUUCUCACAUUUGCUCUACCUUUUGAGGAUGACGACGAUUACUCAACAGAUGAUGAGAUCCAGUAUUGUGACUGCAUCGCAUCUGCACUGGCUCAAUCUCUUCCGGGUAUGCCAGGAAAGAAAGGUAUCAUCCCAUACGAUGCUAUCUUUGACACGCAAGCUCAAGCUCGUCGCCGUGGAUACUGGAUACCGGGUAUCCCUGUAAACGCGAAAAUUGUAAGCGUUGAAAGAAAUACUAGAGAUCGGCGAAUCCAUUUUAUCAAUACUCUAUUGUAA